UCUCUGAGACUUUUUGGACCAAUUAUUUUCAUCUAUUUCUCUGAGGCUUUUUUGAAUCUCUGAAUCAUCUCUGUUUGCUCAUUAUACCCACCCACAUUAGCUUCCUUUUUUGCACAUUCAACCUUUGAGGGAGACAAAUCCCCCCACCUCCAAAUCAGCAACCCUCUCUCUCUAAAACCCUCAUCCUCUCUCUCUCUCUACAUUUUCAUGUCUUCCGCCGUCACUUCGUCCUCUCUUACUCUAUCUAGUUCUGGGCUCCAAACCCUAGCUUCCAGUCCCUCCCCAAUACGGCUUUGUUUCUUCUCUCAUGGCCACUUCUUCCCAAGCUUUCCUUUGAUGCUUUCGUGCUCUUCUCUCCGAUUCUCUGCUAAAGAUGACUGAUCAAAAGGUGUUGGUAUUUGGUUCAUUCACCGAAGAUGAAAUCAAGUCCUUCCAGAGGCAGCCACCAGAGAUUGAUAUAGAAAUUAAAUUUGGUUCUUUGGAUGCUGAAACUUUAAGAUCUGUGGGCAUUUUCAACAGUAAACUGACAGAAGCUGAGUAUUCCAAAAGAUGGCCAUCAAAGUUGGUCAAUAAAGAAAAUGCUGUGAAAGUUUGUACAACAGAAAGUAUUUCUCAAGUAAUAGCCACAACUGUUGAGAAAAAUGGAAGCAUCAAUGACACAUGUCUUGUUAGCUGUAGUGAUUGUAUAGAAGAACUGAAAACUGAUAAUGUUGAAUUAUCUGUGUCAAGUGCCUCUGAAAAUGUUUCUGAUCUUUUAAAGCAAAAUUCUACAGAACAUUAUGUCACUAAAGGAGUGACUAAAUCAUCUACUCUCUUAACAAAUGAAGCCUUGGUUGACUCAUCAGUAGGUGUGGACCUUAUAAAUUCAGAAGAAAGUAUUCCAAAGGCAUCAAAUGGGCUUGGUGCAACUGUUAGAAAUUUACUACCUCGAGGUUUGGUCAACUUGGGGAAUUUAUGCUUUCUCAAUGCAACUCUGCAGGCUCUUCUCUCUUGUCCUCCUUUUGUUCUACUCUUACAGGAAUUAAGAAAUCGUGAUAUACAAAAGAUCGGCUAUCCAACAUUGCAUGCAUUUAUUGAGUUUGUCUCUGACUUCGACACUCCCAUAGAGUCAAGCUCAAAGAAAAAAGAGAUGCUUCUGGAAACUGGGAGGCCUUUCCGCCCUGUCAUGUUUGAAUCCAUUCUACAAAAGUUCACUCCAGAAGUGCCAAACAGCAUAUCUGGCAGGCAUAGGCAAGAAGAUGCUCAGGAGUUCCUAAGUUUUGUCAUGCAUCAGAUGCAUGAUGAAUUGCUUAAACUUGAAGGUCAAGUCCCAAGCAGUAAUGGGGGAAGUGCCUCUUUGGUUUCAUCAAUUAAUGAUGAGGAUGAUAGUGAUGAGUGGGAGACUGUUGGCCCAAAGAACAGAACAGCAAUUACAAGAACUCAGAGCUUCAUUCCGUCAAAAUUAAGUUCUAUUUUUGGAGGUCAAUUGAGAAGUGUUGUGAAGGCAAAAGGUAUUAAAGCCUCUGCUACUAUUCAACCAUUUCUUUUGCUCCACCUUAAUAUCUGUCCGGAACGUGUCUGUAGUAUAGAAGAUGCACUCCAUCUGUUUUCUGCACCAGAGACUCUUGAAGGCUAUCGAACAUCAGCGGCAAAGGCUGAGGUGGUGAAUGCUAGCAAGACUGUUAAGAUACUGGAGCUUUCUGAGAUAAUGAUAUUGCAUUUGAUGCGUUUUAACUACGGAGGAGAAGGAUGCACCAAAUUGCAUAAACCUGUCUGUUUUCCUCUGGAGCUAGUUCUUGGACGUGAAUUACUGUUUUCACCUUCGUCUGAGGGUCGAAGAUACGAACUUGUUGCAACAAUUACUCAUCAUGGGAGGGAGCCCUGGAAGGGGCAUUAUACUGCUGAUACAUGCCACCCAAAUGGCAAGUGGCUGCACUUCGACGAUGCUUCUGUAACCGUAAUUCCCACAAGCAAGGUGUUGCAUGAACAAGCCUAUAUUCUCUUCUACAAGCAAUUGUAGAUGUAUUGGUGCCAUUGGGAGUUUGUUUAUUAUAUAUAUACACAAAUGUUUUGUAUAUUUAUACAAGUUCGGAGGUUUUAUUGGACUAUGGAUGUAGGGUUGGUUGCCAAGGGAAUUAUCAUUUUAACUAUACAAAAACCUUGACAGGAGAUUUGGCUCGUA